AGCGGUUGAUUGGACGGUUCGGCGGAGAAACGGACCAAUCGUGUACUCACUAUUUUUUUCUUUAGGAACCAAACGGGAGAAUUCAACUUUGGUAGAAGCGAGUUGCCUGGAUCUGUGGUUCCACUGGCUGAGGCGUAGUUAAAAGCUACGGUCAGAAAACUUAAAAACUUUGAGUAGAAGCUGCGCCGAGAGAAGACAACAGAGGCCUUGAUUGUUUACAGAAAAAAACUUCGCCGAUGAUGGCUGCCGCUACCGUGACGGGAGCGUCGGAAUCGACUGCUCCUCCAAAUGAGUGUCUCACUCAAAAGGCUCGACCUGUGAAGCCAACUGUGGCCAAUAAAGAGAACUGUCUAAGACCAGUGAGGCCAGAGAAAGGAGCUGCUAUGAGUGGCAGCAGGCUACCUAUACCAGUGAAAAAGUUAAAGGUGAAAUCUGUUCCAGACUUCAAAAAGUUACAUCAACAGUGGGAUAAAAAGUUUCUGAAGAAACAAGCAACUGCCAAAAAGGCCUGCACUCAGCCAAUUCCAUUUACCUUUGCAACAUCCAGAGGAGCCAAGUCAACUCAGCCUGUGAGUGCAGAUCAUAAUCUGCAAGUAAUAUCAUCUACAACAGUCGAGAAAGAGCUGGCUGUUUCUGAGGGAAAUUAUCUAGUCGGUGCCAAUAAUGUGAUCGCAGCUACAAAUCAAACUGCAGUUGAAUCAAAACCUAUCCAGACCCAUGGCUGUGGGCUGGCAGCUCACCAAGAGUGCAGAGACUUAGAUUCUGGCAUUGCAACGCUGAAACUUGACCAGAAUGAGAUGGCAAACAAAGAGAAUUGCUUUGUUCCUUGCCAGGCAAAUAUCACUCCAAGUAAAACUAAGAGCUCCUACAUUCCGAAUUCAGCAUCUGAGAUCAAGCCACCUUUGCCACCAGAAAAAGCAAAAAUAGAGGUCCUGCAGACUAAGACUAUUAAACCAAAUACAGACAAUAGUGAAGAUUUUGUGAGUAACCCAAUGGCUCUACAGAGCAUCCUAUCGAAUGUUGGAAUUAAUGCUUUUAAUGUUACCAACCACAAACUCAGUCUGGCGCACACAGUGUCUGUGAAAACGAAUAUCCAAAAUCCUGAGCCAUCUAAUCCAAAACAAGGUAAUAACGAUGGUAUGGCACUUGGGAAUGCCCCAUCAACUUUUGAUGACGAGAAUAUUUUCAACGACAUGUAUGGCAAAUCUAGCAUGACAGUGCGAGCCCCUGAGAAGGACAGUGCACCUCAUUGCAAGUAUCCUGCGCAAAGUCCAUAUGUGAUGGGAAGAUCAUCAUACAUGCCCAGCAAUCAUCCCACACUUCCUCUUGCCUGGGGCCGCGCCUCCUGCAUUGCGAAGCUGGGUACCAGAGGUGUAGGUACUGAAAUAAGUUCUCCAAGCACCAUUCUUCAGCCAAUCAAACUAUAUAACCAAGUUAGCAAUAGACAGCACCUCUCAUCCCAGAAGUCAGCCAGAUGUAAACCUGAUGGCCCGGACUUCAACUUGAUGGAAAGAGCUUGUGAAUCCAAUAGCUUUGCUGCUACAUUUGUUCCUGCUGGAGGUGCUGACCCUUGGAAAUCAGAUACCAAAGGAAUGCAAACACCUAAUAGAGUGUUACAACCAUCUAACUAUCACUUCAGCAGCACUUGGGCUCCAUCAUCUCAAAACGUACGGCAUCCAAAAUAUAUGCCCACUCCCUCUUCAAGUGCGGUUACAACUUAUAAACCUGUGAAAUGGUCAAAUCAUCACUCUCUUCAGGGCAAGACUGAUGGAAAGAGUGCGUCAGACCACAUAAAGGAUGGUGAAUAUCUGCCAAUGGAUCAGAUAGUACUUCGUCUUUUUAGUGAUUCAGAAGAACCAAACGAAGUAGAGAAAGCAACAGAAACCCCAAGCUUAAAGGAAGAAUUAGAAAGACCAAAGACCAAUCAGGCUCCAAGCCUUGUUGAUCUAAAGCUAGUAAAGCUAAAGAACAUCGAACUUCUUUCACAACAACUUCAGAAAGAGUUGCAAGAGGUAAAGGUGAUUGAAGAGACGCUUAUAGAAAGCAGCUGUGAAGGAAGUGUGCCUGCCUUCCUAGAAGAACAUCCCAAUUUAGCUGAUGCUGUCUUGAAGAACAGAACAAUUGAUACAGCCUCGAAGCAGCAAGAUGCUGAAGAACAUGUUAUUUCUUCCCAAUGUACACCUCUGACUUCCAUUCCAACACCUAAACUUAUGGACUGGUCACUACACAUGAACAGUGUUUCUGGAACUGUAAAUUGCCUUCCUACCAUGGACCGCCAAUCUGAGAUAUCACUCCCUUCUGCUAAGCUGGCUUUGAAUGUGAUGAACACGUUGCCCACAUCCAUUUCCCAUAGCUCUUCACACUUGCACACAAGUGCCCAAGGGCCAAAAUUCCAAUCCUUUUUCUUCGGUGGAAGCAGGGACAGAAGUACCCUGCUCUGGAGCAGCAUGAAGCAAAGGUUUAGUGAGACUUUCCCUGGAUAUCGAAAACCUUUCCCAGAGGCACUUUUGGACGAAGAGGUUUCCUGCUGUCUCACCCGUGCCAUCCAGUCACCUGAUAAGAUAACAAAGAGAGAAAGAAACUGUGCCAAUCCAGUUGCCAAGAUACUGCAGCAACAAGAAGUUAUGCACUUUGUCCCAAUUGAGCUGCAUUACCAGCCACAAAGCUCGCCAACAAUUUCUGGUGUCUUUUUGUGAGGAGCCAUCAAGUCCUGCCCUAUUGUUAUGAAGCUUAUUAUCCCCUCUCUUUUCUUUAUCAUCUGUAUUAAUUUAUCUUAUAGCCCAAGGAGAUGGUUCUAGUCGUGGAUACUUCAAGAGCUUGACUCACUGUGCCCCAGGGUACAUUACCAAUAGGAUAGCUGCUUUUCAAUUUUGUUAUAAUAGAAAAGCUGUUUUGUCUACAUAAUACUCGAACUGCUCUGCGUGUAUACAAGAACAUUUUGUGAUUUAUCAACUACAUAUAAACUGCCUAAUUAGCGCACGUAUGCUCCAGGCAUAACCUACUUUUGGUUGUAACUGUAUAAAUUGUCUAAUGUUUAAAAUAUACUCUCCCUUCAAUCAGAACUGAUAUGCACUGUGUCAUGAACACUUUCAUUUUUGAUUGGGAAUUCUAGCAUCGAUCUGUCUUGUGCUGCUGUCCCUUUUUUAAGGUCUCCAGCUGUAAACAACAUAAUUAAUUUUACUCCUUCAUGUUUCAACUUUCAUAGUUAGCACUAACACCCUUUUUAACCAGUUUGUUUGGACUUUUAUCGUGUGGUUUUAUUUUCAAAAAUUUGUCAUAUCAAAAAGAUACGAAUAGAAAAGAUUGUUUAAUCUAACUGAAUCUUUUCAUCUUGCACUCAUCAGGACAAAUGCAAGAAUGCCAAAUUUCAAACUAUCACAUCAAUUUAAAUUCUGAUCAACCAAGGCAUUGUCACAGAGAAAGCAGUGGGAACUAUGGGCUCCCCUGUGGUUCAACAUACCAAAUAAUCAGCACCCUUUCUUCCCAUAGUAUAAAUUAUUUCAAUAAUUUGAAAUUUUGGCAUUCUAAUGUUUGUUCUGAUGAGUGCAAGACAAAAAGCUUCAGCAAACAUGUAUUUUUCUUUUUCAAGAAAUGUUCCUGCAAAUUUUUGCUCUUGCUUGUUUAAAUAUCACAGUGCUCUGGAAGUUUCACAGUCUUGAAUUGCGUCAGUUAAAUGAAAUGUUCCCUAUGAACAGCAGGCAGAAAUAUGAUUACUGCCACACGAUUAAGGAAAGCUCUUGGCUCAUCUGAUUUUUGUCUGCAGUAUAAAGGCAAGCUUUUUAUUCACAAUAAUUUGUCUAUUAUUCCACCACCAAACCACCGUGAAUUCAAAUUAGGAAAAAAAAGUACUUGUUCCCCAUCUCUGCAUUGUUUGCUAUGACUGCAAGCUAUUAAUGGGCAUCAUUUUGCAUCAGUGCUAAUCUUUUUGUUAUGGUAAUGUGGACCUGACAUGAAACCUUGAAAACCUUUUCUCUCAACUAGGAUUGCGUUUUACAACUUCUGACAAUUCCAAUUAACAAUUUACUGAGAAGUAUAUGACCUAAUAAUUUGGAUAUCAGUAAAGCUGUUCCACUACACUUUUUGGAUUGUAAAUAUUCAGGUCCUGAGUUCGACCCUUAAUACUUGGUUAGGCACUUGUAGAACCUUAACUUGCACAACAAAUUGAAAUACUGGACUGUUUUGAACUUUAAAUGGUUGGUUUGUCUAUUAGCAUUUCCUGUGUUACCUCGGGUUGCUACAAUUCUGGUUGACCCUUUUCAUAUCAACUUUAGGAUUUGGUGUGUGGUGUGCCUUUCCUGCAGCUAAGAUUCUCCAUUUAUCUGGACUCGGGCCUGGCACUGAUACACAUUGGCCUGCUUACACCAGUGAUUGGGUUCUUUUGUAGCCAACAAGCCUGAGAGUAGGACUUGGGGGGGGCUUAAAAAAAAGGCUCUUCCAGCUCACAGGCAGAAGAUCUGCCCGGUUUAGCUCAUACUUCAAACUUUAAACACUUUCUGUAGAUGAACCAUUCCAAUAUUGUGUGUAUUCUAUUCUACUUUUAACCUUUGCAUUACAGAGAAAACAACACUGUAGCCUAACUCUCUACCGUGGGAUAGUUUUAGAAUUUCUUAGUUGAAACAUUCAGAUUUUCCAUUCAAAUUGUAAUACCUUAUUGUAAAUCUGUCCACUAAAUCUGAUAAUUUAUCUGCAAAGUUUACCUUUCAUCUUUAAUGAUCUCAUGAUUGCCUUUGUAGACUAUUAUGCCUACGCUGGUCCGUUAAGGACUUUUGUAUGCCAUGUACAUUUUUGUAUAUGUAAUUACUAUGCAAAUAAAGCUUUAUUGUG